AUGGUAGUAACAAGAAGCAACCACGGCAAAGAAGAAGAAGAAAAUUCGUCAGAUGGCACCGACAAGACUCCGAGCUCCGGGGAAACGCGCACCACCGACCAGACCGGCACCACGUCGGGCACGGGCACCACGUCGGGCACAGGCACGACGUCGGGCACCGGCACCACGCCCUCAGGCACGGGCACUACGUCGGGCACAGGCACCACGUCGGGCACAGGCGCUACAAAGAAGACGCGCCCCGACCCAGAAGAGACGCCACGCACCAGCAACGCCGACGCCCACACCACCGGCAACGCAAGCAGCGCCGGGGGUCCUGCCGACACGUCGGGCAUCAGAGCCACGCCCGCGGCCAGCAUUACGGCCACGGUCGUCGAGCGCCACGCCGCUGCACUGAUGCCGCCGCCCCAGAAGCCACCUAGACCCGCUCGGUCACACCGAUCUAAGGCCUCCAGCAAGAGACUCCUCGCGGGGUUGGAGGCCAAAGAGAGGAUAGCCGAGCUGGAGUUGAAGCGCAUUCGAGCCGAAGCGGAGCUAUUGAAGAUACAGCAAGAAAGAAUAGACCUUGCAUCGUCGAGAGAAGAGUCGGAAGAAGAUGAAGAGGACUCAAAUAACAGGAUCUUACUUGUUGUAUAUAGUUUCGAGCAGGACCUCGCUCCGCAACGAAUUGCUGACUGGUUCAAUACCCGACCAGAACAAGCGACCGCAUUAGAACCCGCCCACGUAGAAGACACGCACGAACCCGCUGCGCGCGCCACUAAAUUACGCGCGCAGCCGGAACCACAUAAGGCCGAGCGUGCGAUGGACGUGUCAUCGCUAACCGCCGCACUCACAGAAGCCAUUCAAGCCAGCCCUACAGUCCAGUCCUACAAGAAGUACAUACCAGACCGGCCGACUUUCAGUGGCCUGUGCACCGAGUGGCUACAAUUUAAGGCCGCGUAUAACGAGUCCGCGCCCAGCUUCUCCGCGAGUGAAAACGUCGCCCGUAUCAGAAGAAGUCUCAAAGGUGUCGCCUGGGAGGCCGUCAGCGCCCUCCUCAUCAGCCAGCCGCACCCCGAUGACGUCAUCAAAGCACUAGAAAGAAGAUACGGAAGGCCGGACGCUCUCCUCGUCAAUGAACUGGAGAAGAUCAAAGGACUGCCGCGCCUCACCGACAGCCCGCGCGACCUGUGCAUAUUCGCCAGCCGGGUCGCGAACACUGUCACGACUAUCGAGAUACUAAAGAAGCCGCAGUACCUCUACAACCCGGAGCUACUGCGAUCGAUGGUCGAUAAACUAACGCCGAUACUUCGCAACAAGUGGUACGACUACGCAACUACGAGAGAAGAGACGCCCGAGCUUAAGAAGAUUGCCGAGUUUCUAAACAACGAAGCCGACAAGUGCACGCCUUACGCUCCGCCUGAAGUUACGACGGAGAAUAAAGAAGUAAGAAGCGCAAGAAAGAAGCCCGAGCGAACGUACGCCGCCGCGGUCGACACUAACAAGAAACAAAAAGAAGAGAAGCCGGCGUGCCCAUUAUGUGAACACGCUACCCACCAACUGCCGUCGUGCCCGCAAUUUAAGAAGAUCGACACGAACGAGCGCUGGGAAGUGGCCAAGAGACACAACAUUUGCUACCGAUGCCUCGUUAGCAAACAUCGCCGCUUCGCGUGCCGUGCGAAGCCCUGCGGCCAGCAAGGCUGCCCUAUGCGACACCAUCACCUACUACACCACGAGAAGACGUCGACGUACGCCCCCGCCGCCCCGGCCGAGCCACCUACACACAAACCAGAAGAAGUGGUGGCCUCUGCAGUGAACCAAGUCACCUGCGCGGCGGCGCGUGCGAGCCGAGCGUACCUGAAGAUAGUACCAGUCACCCUGCGCGGCCCGCGGACGGCAAUAGACACGUUCGCCCUACUAGACGAGGGCAGCACAGUAACAAUCAUCGACUCGGCACUGGCGGACGCACUCGGGCUCGACGGACCCACUGAACCAAUGUGGGUACAAGGCGUAGGGGGGAAAGAGAUGGAGCACAAUCAGAGCAGGAGGGUCGAGGUCUUCAUCAAGAACAAGCACGAGAGAGACGAACAGCGAAUUACGAACGCGCACACCAUAGACAACUGCGCGCAUCUCAGGGGGCUGAAACACAAGUUAACCUACCGAGAUGCUACCCCACAAAUACUCAUCGGUCAAGACAACUGGGAGCUGAUCGUGUCACGCGAGAUAAGAAAAGGACGGCGCGGUCAACUCGUCGCAUCAAGAACCCAACUAGGAUGGGUACUUCACGGCUGUCGCACCACUAAAGCGAAGCCUGUCGCGUACUGUUGCGCGCACCUCACACGGGCCGGGCCGGCUGAAAACAUAGAAGAAACAAUGAAGAAUUAUUUCGCACUCGAGUCACUAGCGAUCGAGCCGCGGCGGCCGAGCAGCGACCCCGAGCAGUUCGAGACCGGGCUGCUGUGGCGCAACGAGACAGAAAGAAUACCGAACAACCGCAACGACGCUCUCAAGCGGCUACACACACUCGAGAGGAAGCUGGAUCGUGACGCGAACCUGAAACAACAAUAUGAAGAACGCGUCAACAAUCUGCUUACAUCGAGCUACGCCGAGCGCGCGACCACGCCACCUAGCGAGCGGACGUGGUACCUACCUCACUUCGCGGUCUGCAAUCCAGAGAAGCCGAAGAUUAGACUGGUCCAUGACGCAGCGGCCACCUCACACGGCCGCAGCCUCAACGACAUGCUGCACGCGGGCCCAGAUUUCCUGCAAUCGCUACCCCGCGUCAUCAUGAAGUUUCGACAACACAACAUCGCAGUCUCAGCUGACCUGAAAGAGAUGUUCAUGCAGAUCAAGAUACGCGAAGAGGACAGGGACGCCCUACGCUUCCUGUGGCGGGGCGACCGCCGCGACGGGGAACCAGAAGAGUACCGCAUGACGUCCGUCAUAUUCGGCGCGUCGUCAUCGCCGUGCACUGCCCUAUACAUAAAAAAUAGGAAUGCACGAGAACACGCUACUCAGUACCCGGAGGCUGCGCGAGCGAUCGAGCGAAAUCACUACAUGGACGACUAUCUGCAAAGCUUCAACACAAUAGAAGAGGCAAGACAAGUUACCAGAGACGUCGACUACGUGCACAAGCAAGCCCAGUUUCAACUGCGUGGGUGGGCCACGAACAAAAAAGAAGCAAUAAGUGACGUCGCGGACUCCGAAGAGCGAGAGGGAAGUACUGUCCCCAUCGGCGAGAGCGAGAUAGAAAAAACGCUCGGCCUGCUAUGGGACACGAACGAAGACAGUAUUCGCUAG